AUGCGAGAACACUUGAUUGACACAAUGUGCUUCAAGAGUUACGGCAUUCGAGUUUUCUCGGUUGGCGAAAACGCUGCUCGGAACCGCCCAGCCGAGCGAGCAAACGCGAGCGAUACCAUUGUUUUCCCAGCCUUUAGCUACCAAAGCGGUAUUGAAUUCGGACGCGAUGUUGCCCUAUGUACUUCUGAUAGCAGCGAGCUAUCAGGCGACAGGUCACCAAUAUUACCCGGAGGCAUUAUUUCAUCAGCCCCUGCAGUACGGAAGCUUGUCCCCACAGAAACAGGAGAAGAAUGGGUUGAUAACGGAUACGACUCAUCUUUCAGUGUCAUCAGUGUCAUUGACGCAAACAUUCUCGACUCCGAUGACGGCUCCAUUGACCGCAACGGGGGCCGAAUUCCAAGAGACCCUUAUGAACACCAAGGCGAUAGCCCGGAGUGGCGCGAUUGUUAA